GCUUCUGAAGUGCAAAAACCAUAAGCACUAACUUAGCUCGGUUUCCGAUCCAGUUGGAGAUGUCUUCUGGGUCGAGCAGCUCAUCCCUCGGCGGCGCCAACGCGGAGUGGAGCAAGAAGGAGAACAAGCUGUUCGAGGAUGCACUCGCCUACUACGGCGAGGGCACGCCCGACCGCUGGCUCAAGGUGUCCCGCGCCAUGGGCGGGACCAGGACGGCCGACGAGGUGCGCCGCCACUAUGAGAUCCUUGACGGCGACAUCAAGCUGAUCGAGUCCGGCAGGGUUCCUUUCCCCAACUACAACACCCAGGGGGCUUGGAACUGAUUCAUCAAGCAAGGACCAAAGCUUCUGAAUUCUGAAGAUCCUGCAAACAGGAUAACCUGUUGAUAAUCUAGCCCUUAGCUGGGACCAUGUUAUUAUAGCAAGCAUACAUAAUUAUGUAUGUAUAACGAAGAUUGUGGGCACUUGGUUAAGAAUAUGUGUGUGCACAUGAAGAAGACAUAUGUGCAUGUACGUAAUAUAUACUAGGUUUGUGAGCAAAUCAAGUGCACUUGGUCUCGCAGACUCUAGCAUGUAUUUUUCAUUGCGUACAGUAUUACUCAUCCCGAACAUCCCCAAUAAGUUUUUGAGUAAACAGCAGAGAUGUAAAUCCCCUGUACUUGUGUGUACUGUUUACGAACUUGUGUUGGUAGAAUAUUCCUGUUUGUCUAUCAUUUGGUUCAAGACUCAGAUGUUUACAUUGAACUUUACAUGUUAUCAUUAUCAAUCCCUUCUGAUGAAGAUGGAG